AUGCCGCAGGAGGAGGAGCGCGCGUCGUCGGUGGCGGCUACAGAGGACGAGGAGACAGAGCUGGAGCAGAUAGACGAGCACUCUUCGCUGCGCGAGGGAGCGGCAGGUGACGAUCAUUCACCACCAUCCUCACUCCAGACGCCCGAGAAGCAGAAGUCGAACAAGAGGCUCAAGAAGCUACCGGAUGAUGACUCGGGUCCUGGUGCUAAUGGCGCGCUACGCCAGGGGUCAGCUCCUCGACUGAUGUCAAUGGAGAGUGCUGGUCUCAUUGCUCAGUACGCGGCUGUAGGAUUGGUCUACGGCGUCUUGCCCAGCACUAUCACUCCCUUCCUGACCUAUUAUCUCAACAUGGAAGGAACAGCCACAACGUCGGCGCGGGCUCUGAUUUCAAUCCCCUGGAGCUUCAAAGUCUUCAUUGGCGUGCUGUCUGAUUGCGUCCCCCUCUUCGGGUACAGACGGCGACCGUACAUGGUGCUAGGAUGGUCCGUGACGGCUCUGUGUCUGCUGGCAAUGGCCGCGUCUCCACUGGAAAAACCCUACUUUCCAGACCCAGAGAUGCGGAACAUUAAACCGACCGAUUACUCGCUGGAGAUGGUGCAGUCUCUUAAUAAGAGCGCGCCCAGCAGUGGAGCCAAGUACAUUGUGCUCAUGAUGUUCGCCACACUGGGAUAUCUGUUCGCAGACGUGGCUGCUGAUGCUGUGGUGGUCGAGUACGCUCAACGUGAACCGGAAGAUACCCGCGGACGCACCCAGACCGCGAUUUAUACCGUGCGGACGCUGUUUAAUGUGGUGGCCCAAGCUAUCACGGGGUUUGGACUCAGCUCGCCGGAUUAUGGCGGCAGUUUUGACUUUGGCAUUUCUUUCCCGGAUACAAUGUUGUUGUUGGCAGUGUUUUGUCUGCCUGUGAUCCCGACGACGUGGAUGUUUGUGCGUGAAGAAGUGGUGAAAGAGCGACCGAUGUUCAGAAAGUACAUAGGCGAGUUGUGGGGCGCAAUUCAGAGUCGUGCUGUGUAUCAGGUGAUCGCCUACAGUUUCCUGUCUGGAGUGUUUAGCGGGUUCACGUACGUGGCGCAGGAUCCGAUGACUUCGUACUGGGUGCAUGCAACGAGCUUCAACCUGAGCCUCAGCAGCAUUUUUGGUAGCUUUGUGACUGUGGUCACGCUCACGUUGACUGGGAAAUAUGGGCUGCAAUGGAACUGGAGGACGAUGCAAGUGGUCACUAUGUUGAGCGUGCUUACACUGGAUUCCAUGUGCACAAUGCUAGUCACAUGGGACGUUGUACGAAAGCAGUGGUUCUGGCUGGGUGUGCCAAUUGUAGAGGCUGUGCCGGGAGCGGUGGGGUUCAUCAUUUCGACGUAUGUGGUCGUGGAGCUAGCAGGACAUGGCAAUGAAGGAGCGAUCUAUGGUCUUCUGACCACUGUGAGCAACCUGGGUGGGCCUUUUGCUCUCACGCUGACGAAGAAUGUGAACGCGGCUUUCAAAGUGUACAACGAAGACAUCCUGAACGACACGAACGAGGUACGACGCGACGUGACCAUUACUAUCCUGAUCUCGUACGUGAUGAAGCUACUGGCGCUGCUCUUCCUUCCGUUGCUGCCUCGGCAGAAAGCUGAGGCCCAAGCUCUCAAGAGAGCAGGUGGAAGCAGUCGACGUAUGGGUGUCUUUACUAUAUUAUAUCUGUCUUUUGCGCUCGUGUGGGCGAUUUUGACCAACUUGCUGGGCAUCUUCGAGAGUACUCGAUGCUGGGUCAUCACUGGUGGCUGCAAGGAAUAA